GUUACUCUUAAUGAAUACGACACAAUAUACUAGUUCAUUCAAAAAUUAUAAUAGUAUAUCUCGCACAGUAUCAUUUUCUAGUAGUUGCCAUUCAACUGAUCAAGAUGAUAAUGACAAUGAACAAACACCAUUAUUACGUUCAAGGUCAGGACAUUCUAAUAGCGUAACUGAGGAAACCCAGGAAGAGGAUUGGAAACAAGAAAAUGAUUCAUUGUCAUCAUAUGGAUACUUUUGGACCUACCUAUUAGAACAACAAUCGUUGUCUGUCUAUCUAGACAACAAAGGUAGUGUGGCUCGUGAUCAUCUAGCAAAUGAAAGAACUUAUCUUGCAUGGCUUCGUACAAGCUUAUCAUUGAUUUCUGUUGGUGUUGGACUGACACAAUUAUUUCGAUUGGAUAAAACACCAUCAACGCAUUAUCCAAAAGACGAAUUCGAAGCAUUAUUGAAAUCUGGACGAUUGGUGGGAUUGAUGUUUAUUUUACUUGGGAUCUUUUUUGUAUUAUUUGCCGUAUCUAGAUUCUUCCAUUCACAACAAGCUAUGAUCAAAGGUUACUUUCCGGCUAGUCGAGGGAUUGUCCUAUUAUCUUCCUGUUUGGUUGCAAUAGCUGUUAUUAUUUUGUUUAUUAUUAUCAUUCAAUAGAUCAUAUUUUCAUUCUUAUUACACUUUUAUAUAUUCCCCAUCUACACUAUUUUUUUUUUUUUAGUACAUGAUUCCUUCUUUUUUUUUUUUUUACUUUUACUUUGAACAUCUCUUUCC